GGGCUCCCUCGCGGGCGGCAGCCGCUCCGCGCGCGCUGCGUGCUCGCGCGCGCGGCGGGCCGCACCAUGCGUCGAGGGGCGGCCGCGGCCCUCCUGGCGACGCUGGCAUGGGCCGUCCUCCACGGCCGGCCGGGGCCCGGAUGCGCCGCGGCGCGGCGCCUCGGCACGCGCGUCGGCCGAGCUUUGCCGCAGAUCGCCGCCCCGAGGGGCACGGGCUGUUCGCGGGACGCCGCCUGGCGUCGCGGCCGGCGGCCCGCCCGGGGCGCCGCCGCGGAGGGCCGCGAGGGUGGUGCCUCGGCGGCGGGCGUGGACCUUGGCGUCUCGCAGGCCGGCCUGAUGCGGGCGGCGACGCAGAGUUUCCGGGACGCCGAGGCCAAGCAGAGGGAGUUCGAGGAGAAGGUCGAGGAGCUGGAGCGCAUCCAGGAGGAGCUCGCGCUGGCCAUGGGCCUGAGCUCUUUGGAGGAGCUCAGGUCCCGCGCCGAGGAGCUGGGGUACGACUCCGUGGAGGAGCCGGGGGCGGAGGCCAUCCCCGUCGGCUCUUCGAGGCUCCCUCGCCUCCGGAUGCUCUCCGGCGGCGCCUCGUCGAGAGCUGCCUCUGCGGUGGCCUCGGGGCGAAUGCCGAAGCACCUGCCAGACGCGAUUUCCGGCGUGGCUGGGGCCGUGGUGGGGCUGUCCUGA